GAUGCUUGUUUCUUCAUGGCUGGCAAGCUAGUAUGCAGUUCUGACAGAGAGCAAAGGUUUCUUUAUUCAGAUGAAGUUCAAAUUGGUCCAGAAACAGUUAUGACCACUCUUUAUACUGCCAAGAAGUAUGCAGUCCCAGCCCUGGAAGCACAUUGUGUAGAAUUUCUCACUAAGCACCUUAGAGCAGAUAAUGCCUUCAUGCUUCUUACGCAGGCUCGACUAUUUGAUGAACCUCAGCUUGCUAGCCUUUGUCUUGACACUAUAGACAAAAGUACAAUGGACGCAAUAAGUGCUGAAGGUUUUACUGAUAUUGACAUAGAUACACUAUGUGCAGUUCUAGAAAGAGACACUCUUAGUAUUCGAGAGAGCAGACUCUUUGGAGCUGUUGUUCGCUGGGCAGAAGCAGAGUGCCAAAGACAGCAACUGCCUGUGACAUUUGGAAACAAACAGAAAGUACUUGGAAGAGCUCUGUCCUUAAUUCGUUUUCCACUAAUGACCAUUGAAGAGUUUGCAGCAGGUCCUGCUCAAUCUGGGAUUCUAUCAGAUCGAGAAGUAGUAAAUCUCUUUCUGCAUUUUACUGUUAAUCCUAAACCUAAAGUUGACUAUAUUGACCGACCAAGAUGCUGCCUCAGGGGAAAGGAAUGUAGCAUAAACAGGUUCCAGCAAGUGGAGAGCCGUUGGGGCUACAGUGGAACAAGCGACCGAAUCAGAUUCACAGUUAAUAGAAGAAUUUCCAUUGUGGGAUUUGGAUUGUAUGGAUCAAUUCAUGGACCCACAGACUAUCAAGUUAAUAUACAGAUAAUUGAAUAUGAGAAAAAUCAGACGCUGGGACAGAAUGAUACAGGAUUUAGUUGUGAUGGAACUGCCAAUACUUUCAGAGUUAUGUUCAAAGAACCCAUAGAGAUUUUGCCAACAGUGUGUUAUACAGCUUGUGCAACACUCAAAGGUCCUGAUUCCCAUUAUGGCACAAAAGGAUUGAAGAAAGUAAUCCAUGAAUCUCCAACUGCCAGCAAAACCUGCUUUUUCUUUUUUAGUUCACCAGGUAACAACAAUGGAACAUCAAUAGAAGAUGGACAGAUACCAGAAAUAAUAUUUUAUACAUAAUUCCCUAUGAUUCAUAGUCUCGGAUAUAACAAUGUAUGGACUGACUUAAGCAUAAAAUACUUGCUACUGGUGACAGUUACCAACUCUGUGAUAUUGCAUAAAUAUUUAAUCUCUUAAAUGUGUAAUAUGAAACUGUAAAACAUUUCUUAUAAGAGGUACAAGAAAAAAUCUAUUUUUCUGCAUGGUUAUUGGCUAUAAAUUAACAGACAGCUUGUUAUCUUCACAAAGCCUUGGAAGUAAGGAGCAAUCUAUGUUGUAAAGGUUGUUUAAAAGUUAUCUUGUGAUUCUGGGCUUUUAUUUCUAUGAGUACUUGCACUUUUUCAGCAUAUGGUGAAAAUCCUCCUUUGAACUGGAAGGUCCUUGUUUGGUAUGGACUUCUGGUAUAUAUGUUUUUUUUCCUGUUUUUAGAAAGCUCUGUUGCUCUGUUCUGGAGUUGCAUUUCUCUUUAAAUAUUCUUGGAAUGGUCUCUGCAGGGUCAAAUGACUACUUACAUUUUUUUAAGUAGUACAUUAUCACAACUGUAUCGUAGCUAUGUUGCUUUCGUCUUGACUUACUGGAUGAGCCAGGAAGAAUUAACUGAGUAAGCACUCUAAAAAUUACCUGGAAUUGUAUUUAAAGAAAAUAACGUGUACGUACAGCCAAGAUCUGCAGUGUACAGUACUUCCACAAUUUUAGUUUUCAUUCAGAAAUUAGUAUUUUUAGUAUGGUAUUGGAACAUAUACAUUGAUAUGGAAAUGGCAGUUGUAUAUAAAUCUAUGCCUACAAAAAUGUCUAUGAAAAUCUGAGAAUACAAGAAAUCUCUUGAUAAUAUUUUAUGACUGGAUGCUCUAGCAUUAACCAUUACUAAAAUCUGUAUGAUCUAAGUAUCUGUUUUGUGCAAUAAGUCCUAGAAAAUAUCUACAGUGACUCAAGUAACAUGACGGGAUACAAUCCUCCAAAUGGUACAGUGAAUAUCCAUAGAUAGUAUUAUUGUAGAUUUACAGAAACAGUUAAACAGUGGAAAAAAUUCCUGUCCCCUCUGCAGGAUUCUGCAUGCUCCCACAAACUAGUCUACAAUAAAUCACUAUCAUUUUAGCUGAUAUAACAUUACAGAAAUAAUGCUGUACUAUUUAGAAAAAAGUGUAGUGCCAGUAAUAUCCGUUUAAUAGAUAAAUAUGCAGUAACUGGAUCAGAUUCAUUUUAUUUUUAAAAUGAGCUCAAAAUGAAUGCGUAAAAUCCUGCACCACUUUUGACUGCAAAUAAUUCUUAAUUCUUUUUUUAAAGUACUGUAACAAUUCAGGUAGAAUUGACCAGUUUGACAUGACAUGACAUUAAACUGCUAUUUAUGAAGAUUCAAUUAAAGUGUCUAGUACAAAAAUAA